UGGAACAACGUUACGCUUGUCACGAGCGUUACAUCACCUGACCGGGCAUGCGGCACUUUCCGAUCACCCUUGAUCCCUUUCGGCUUGAAGCCCAGAGCUCCAGUUGCCAACCUCACCACUAUGCAUCUAUUGCUCCUCCUUGCAGUUCAUCUUCCCUUUCGUAGUAUCCGCUUCCUUCCAGGAACAAAUCAUAAUCCCACCAAUGCCGCAAACCAACGAAGAAUCUAUCGCAUCACCGUUCACUAGUUCCCAGCCCACGCUCGCAGACCUGCUGACUAUCGAGCCCUCAGCGAGCAUUUAUUACUCAUUCUCUUCUGAGUCUGUUUGGUUCACGAUGCUCGUACCGACGAACAAGGCUGUCAUGGCACUGGCACGGAAACCACAUCAAGGUCCUGAAUCGAUAGAGCCUCAUAUUGGGAUAUCAGAACAAGAGCUGGAUGAAAGCUCUAGGAGAAAUGUAGAGCGAUGGGUCUCGGCCCACAUCAUUCCUUCUCGUAUCUCCCUAUCUGAUGCCCCUGUUUCGUAUGAAACGCUGCAAGAUGGGAAACUCGUUACUUUCAACCCUGUUUCCGACACAAAGACUGACUCGCCUGAGUGGAUGCGGGUGACUUUGGAGGAUGGAGUGCGCAUUAUUGGGAUGAAGGAGGUCAGUUCUGUUAUCUUUUAUGCACUGCGUUUGGCGUUGAUGAUUAUUCAACAGGCACAGAACGGCGUACUCUAU